UAGUUUUACUGAAAUUGAUGCAAUUCCUAUAUUUCAUAUGGUAGUUUUACGUCAAAGCGCCAAUAUACUUGAAGAUGUCUCGGACGAAGGAAGCUGUCGUGGUGCUAUUGGACGUGGGCGCUUCCAUGCGUGUGCCUCUACGCGAGCGCGUCUCUGUUAGUGACAAGAACCGACAAGAUAUGGACAACGAACUGCAACACACGCGCUUUGCAGCGGCGAUGGCGGCCGUAGAGAAUGUGGUCCAGCAAAAGCUCUUCUUCAAACCAAAGGACGAAGUGGGCAUUGUCGCCUAUGGAUCGGAAGACACGGACAACCAGCUCAAUGAGGAGCAGGGAGAAGAGGAAUAUAAAAACGUGCAGGUGGUGAACUCCAUCGACUCUCCGACGCUGCACAUGAUCAAGAGACUGAGGGAGUUGAAGCCAUCCACGAGCAAGGAGACGAAGGUGGAUAUUCUAGACGGGAUGAUUGUGGCCUUGGACUUGCUAUUCCGUCGGACGGACGGCAAGAAAUACGACAAGCGGUUGAUGAUCAUCACCGACGCAGCUGCAAAGAUUGCAGAUGCAGGAGACCUCGAGUCAGUCGUGACUAUGAUGCAGAACAUGGAAGUAAAGCUCCAAGUCAUCGGCCUGGACUUCCAGCAUACAACGAUCAAACCGAAAGACAAGAAAGUGGACGAGGAGAUGCCUGAGGCUGCCGUUAAAGACGAACCUAUGGAGCCAGCUGCAAGUGGACCGGACAGAAUCAAGGCUGAAAACGAGAAAAUGCUGGUGUCUAUUGCGAACGAAGUUGGCGGCGAAGUAUGUUCUGUAUCCAAGCGCAUGCAGUUGCUGGCUCAGGGUAUGAAGAAGACUGUGGCUCUGACAACCAAGUUCCGUGGUCCACUGGAGUUUGGAGACACGUUCGGGAUCCCUCUGUACUGCUACUUGAAGACCAAAACAGCCACGCUCCCGACACUAUCGAAGGAAUCGCAGAGUUCGUAUGAAAAAGAAACAGCAGGGAAAGUGAAACUCGACCGUCGUUAUACGUUGCCCCAAAACAUCGACCAGGAAGUUCCUCCUGAUGAGCAAGUCAAGGCGUAUCGCUACGGCUCGGAAAAAGUCCCGUUCGCUUCUGCAGACAUCGAGUUUUUCAAGUUCCAGACGGAGAAAUCGCUAAAAACGUUGGGGUUUCUAGAUCGGUCUCAGAUCAACCACUCGAAGUUUGUAGCUGGCACCGACGUCUUCAUCGCUGAGCCGGGCAAGCCUCAUGCAGCUACGUGCUUUGCUGCGUUAAUCGACGCAAUGGUAGAUCUCGAUCAGGUGCUCAUUGCUCGCUUCGUCGCUCGGAAGAAUGCUGCACCCAAGAUUAUCGCCUUGAUCCCUCACGCGCCGUCUUCUGGUGAGAAUUACUACGCGAUGUGGUCCCAGCAAUUGCCAUACGAAGAAGAUAUACGCAAUUACGAGUUCGCUCCGUUGAAAACACGCAAGUAUACCCCCUCAAGUGAGCAGCAGUCGCUGGCAGAUAAACUGGUGGAUAGUCUGAGUAUCCGUGACGACAAGGCCGACGAAGUGGGCGCGUGUUUCAAUCCAGUGAUCCGACGAUUCUUCCAUGCAGUGUCCAUGCGAGCACUGGACGAAUCAGCGGGAGUUCCUGCUCUCCCAUCGUAUCUGGAGUCGAGUUUGAAGAUGGAUCCUGGUCGACAAGAGAAGAUCUCGAGUCUUAUCGAGAGUUUCGGCGAUGCUUUCCAGUUGAAGGAAGCGGUGAAGAAAGCUAAAGACCGGAAGAAGAAAUCGUUCUGGAGUGACGUCCCCACUGCGUCUAUCAAAGAGGAAGAUCUUAAAGAAGAGCACCAUGAAGGUGCUGGAGAUGCUGGUUCUGACUUGGAAUUGGACUUGGACGAUCUUCUGGACAGCGGGGAUGUGACCAGUGUGGGGUCUAUGAAUCCUAUUGCUGACUUUGAGUAUUUGGUUGAGUCUUCUCAGUCGAAAUUGAUUCGUAGACAACAAGUCACGACUGCGGUUACUGGAAUGGAGACGCAGAUCGAGAAGUUCUUCAGUCAAAGUGGCUCUGAGUUCUUCCCCAAGGCGCUGCAGUGUCUGAGUCACUUCCGUAAACGCAGUCCGGAGAUUCAAUAUUCCGCUCAAUUUAACGAGUUUCUGACAAAGUUAAAGACGGUCUUGUCGGAAGAUUCCGAAGCGUGGAAGACUGUCAAGACUGCGGACAUCAGCUUGUUGAGCUCAGCAGAAGAUCCCAGUGUCGACGUCUCGCCUGCUGAAGCGCGUGCUUUCCUACACGGAGAGGAAGAAGUGGAUGUCAACUUGGCUGCAGCCUCGCUGUCAUCGCAGGUUGAAGCGAUGGAGGAAGACGACAUGUUCGCAGACUUUGAGUAAGAGCAAGAGAGAAAGUCAACAACAAAAUCUGAUUCUAUGGCACAUUUGCAGUUUAUGACGCUCCAGGGAACUCGGCCGCCGGGUCGUAGAACUUAGUAGGCGCUUUCCGCCGACCGGAGCGGCGCACCGUAGUGAAGCCAUCUUCGUCGACGAGAGGCUCGUCCGGCUCCUGCGUCUCCUCUCUGAUAGCACCCAACGCCUCUGCGUUGCCCUCGGCCAGACCGACGCCGUCGUCCUGCGUCUUGAUCUUGGCAGCCUUAAGGUCAAUGGGGAUGAGUGACUGUACCUGGUCGUGCAUUGCCUUGACGCGGUCGUAUUGGCCCUUCUUGCACUCAUCCGCCAGCACAGUAAGAAACUCCGAGAUCUCCUCGACGCUGCCGUCCUCACAGAUGAGACCGAACUCCGUCUCCACGUAGCCGCCAAUGUUGUCGGACAUAGCGUCAGCGUACACUGUUUUGUUGUACUUGAAGACAUUGAGAAUCUCCUCCAGCAGAAUCUCGUACUUGCGGCGGGUGUCACCUCCACCCCAUUCGCCCUCGAUAGCCAUUCGCAGCGCCGUCCAGCGAGCCAACGCCAGCUUCACACUGUACUCGAAAUAGUCCCAUGGUGACUUAAUCGUACCCUCCGCAAACUGCUUCGAGUGUUCGUGCGCCACCGCCAGUAAGAUGCUCUCCGUGCCGCUCAUAGUGUCACCUUCGCUUCAGUUCAAUUGUGGACGGAUGGACGCCAUUCCACGCUUUUCAACCAAUCAAAAACGUUAAAAAAAAGUAAAAGAAAUAAUGUUGAAGACGACAAUGUCAAUAUAGGGGCAAAUUUUCGUUGGCA